UAUUGUAAAGAUAAAGUCAAAAAUAUAACUCCUUUGUUUAGAAAAGUCUGAACCAUCCUACAGUAACCGACGUCGUGACCUUGACCUUGACCUCACGGAUGCUGGACGAUAGUGAUAAAUGUAUCAAUAUUAUACACAACUCGCCACUCGUAUAAUGUUUAAUUGCUAUGACUGAAGAAGAUAAUUUUAUUCUUUUUAAGAGGUCAUUCGCGAAUAACAAACAGGAAAAUAUAAUUCUAAUUUGAUAACUAUUAUGCUUCCAAUCUUUUAACGAUGUGCACAUCUCUAUUAUUAGCUUAAAGUAUUAAAAAAUGUAUUUAAUUACUUUUAUUAUUGCUCUUGGUGCAACUGCAGAGGUUUCUUAUCUUGGAGCAGAUGGAUUUAGUAACUCUUCACACAGAAAUAUAUUACGAUUCAAAAGACGAACUGAUUGCAAUGCAGAUGAACAUGCAUGUAGUGAUUUCUGCAUUCCACUAGACAAACAAUGUGAUGGUGUGUUGGAUUGUUCUGAUGGAUCUGAUGAGGCAUCGUGUGAGAGGUUUUUCCAAUACCAAUGUCUUGAUGGUAAGCGGAUAUCGGUGGAUAAGCGAUGUGAUGGAACAAAAGACUGUGCUGAUGGAAGUGACGAAACACACGCUCUCUGCCGGAAAAUGUCUUGUCCUGACUAUCUGUUCCGUUGUACGUACGGCGCGUGCGUGGACGGCACAGCUGCGUGUAACGGAGUGAAGGAAUGCGCAGACGGAUCUGAUGAAUUGCUGCCACGGUGUCGUGAUCAAAGUGAUAUUGUUGGCGACAAAUUCCGCUGCGAGAGCGGUGAUAUGAUAGAUUUGUUCCUCGCGUGCGAUGGGAAUGCGGAUUGCGCUGAUCGGUCGGACGAGUCGCUAAGGGGAUGCGCAGGCGCAGUUUGCCAAACAAAUCUCUUUCAGUGCGCGUACGGCGCUUGUGUCGACGAGGGAUCUGAUUGUAACUAUAUUCAGGAAUGCGCAGACGGUUCUGACGAAUCUGACUUAUUAUGUAAUCGGACCAUAACAACUACCACCACUACUACGGAAGCAGAGAUUAUUGUCGCCCCAAAAACCUGUUCGGUACCAGAACAUCCCAGACACGGUCUGUAUCGUCUGGCUUCACCCACGACUUCCAAUCGCUACUUGACUUUGAACGUGUCCUGCAAGCCUGGAUACAAAUUGGUCGGAGAAGAGACCAUACAUUGUUAUAGCGGAGUCUGGUCUGUGGAGACUUUGCCCACCUGUGUGCGGUCCUGCAAGCUGCACCCAUCAGACAGUGUGGUGUACCGUUGCCUGGUGACGGAGUAUGGCGGGAUUGACAGCAUCAGAGAUUGUGGGAAGGAGGAGCUGGACGGUACGACGGUGCAGCCCGAAUGCCGGCGCCCGAAUUAUUACAGCCCCCGGGACUUGCCAUAUAUGUUCUGUACGGAUGGACAGUGGAAUUAUAAGCCUAAAUGCUAUCCGGAAUGCGGGACUGUAACCCCCAAAGGGGAGAUACUAGUGAUAGGGGGCGGGAUGGCGGAACGGGGUGAGGUGCCGUGGCAUGUGGGCAUUUACUUAAAGAAUUUGACUGCGCACACGCACACCCAGAUCUGUGGGGGUUCACUUAUUAGUACUACAACUGUUAUAUCGGCCGCGCAUUGCUUCUGGCACGAGCAGUUACAGCAAUUGCCGAGUUAUUUGUACUCGGUGGCUGUCGGAAAACUGUACCGGGAUUGGGACCAUCCCUACGACUCGUUAUACGCCCAGCGACGGGACGUAUCAAAAAUAGAGUUGGCCUCGCGCUUCUACGGCGCUGAUUUAAACUAUCAAUACGAUCUGGCCGUGGUGGUAGUCAACGAGCCGUUCUACUAUCGCCCCUACAUACGUCCGCUCUGCUUGGACUUCGAUCCGAAACUGAACGAGGAGCAACUGAGAAAGGGGAAUAUGGGCAAGGUAGCAGGCUGGGGCCUCACGACUGGCUAUGCGGGGUCAGAAUCGCCCAUUUUGAAAGUUCUGGACGUCCCGUUCGUACCCUUUGAUGACUGUGUCAACAACACUUCGAGAGAUUAUAAAGAGUUUCUGGCUGCGGACAAAAUUUGCGCUGGACAUGCUAAUGGUACAACCCUUUGUAAAGGCGAUAGUGGUGGGGGUUUAGCGUUUCCAGCUCUGGUACAGUCCACCUCUCGGUACUUCCUACGUGGAGUCGUUUCGACCAGCCCACCCGCUAGAGAUACUCGCCUGUGUAAUUUAUACUCUUACACGGGAUUCACCAAUAUAUUGGCCCAUGAAAGUCUGAUUAAGGCCUAUUGGUAUGUUUGAGACGCGGAAUAGAUGGGAUGGUGUUGCCACUGUUCAGUGUACAUACGAGCAAGUGUUGCCACAAUUUAUUUUGACAAUAAAAUUAAUAUUACCUAUGGUCGAGUUCCCAAAAACUAAGGUUAAGUUUAAAGAUCAAAUGUUUUGGAUGAAAAGUUUUUUAAUUCAGUUAAAUUAAGUGCCUUAAACUCAAAAUGUUUAGGUCAAAAGUAAAAAUUUUAUAUAAAUAAAAUUCUAACACUGUUUUAUUUUCUUUCCACUAUUGUCUAUGGAUUUAACGCCUUAGUUUUCCUCAUUUCGUUUAUUGGCAUAUUUAUACAACUCUCUUUAAUAUUUAUUGUAGCAAUCUUUAAAAAAUAUAUACAAUUUUGAAGAAUGGAUAUUUUAUUAAAGAACCCGUAUACUAUGGGUAAUCCAGAAUGAUACUCAGGUCUCGAAAAAUAACUCAAGCGUGUAAUGAGCACAACAUUUAUUCCUAAAUCAGGCAAAGAGAAAACCAUAAUUCUCUAUAACUCGAGCGUAGUGGAAGCCACGCGGCACACCUGAAAUAAAUAUAUUUUUUUGGCACUCUCCUGUCUUAUGAUCGUAAUAGUUUAAAUGUAAUUGACUUGUACUGGACAUGCGGGUAACAUUAAAUAAAAGUUUCUCCUGUAUACAUCUAUAAUACUCCCCAUAAUGUCUCUAGAUUCAAAAAUCAAAAUCAUUUAUUAAUUUAGGUAAUACAAUGUACACUUAUGAGCGUAAAAAAGUACAUACGUCAUCUACGUGUUUCCUACACAAUCGAUUUAAAGGUAAUGUUAUCUCGGCAAAUGAUUGAUCCCGUAAUACUCCAUCUGCAGAAACUAAAUGACCAAUAUAUACCUAUUCUUAUUAUUAGAUAGUAAUAUCAUUAAAAGUUGGCACUUAUCUGAAAUUAAUUUUAAGUAUAAUUUCCUCAAUUGUUGGAGUACGUCUAUAACAUUUUUAUUUAUGACAAUUUAAGCUUCGUCCAAAGAUAAUCAAAUCAUCCAGAUAAACGAAGCAUUUGUCAUACGUCAGACCGGACAGAGCUAUAGACAUUACUGUACUCAAAUUACUACAACAAGUUUUAAGUCCCAUUGGAAGACGUUUUAAUUUAUAUUGACCUGAACUAGAAAAAGAAGCAAUAUAUUUACGAGUUUAAGGACAUAACUAACUUGGUAAUAGCCUUGAUUUAAGUCUAAAUGUGUGAAAUACAUUGAUCCUGAAACUGAGUCUAGGUUGUCGGUGAUUUUAGGUAAUGGGAACUUAGUAUCAACUAUUACAGCAUUGAGUUUUCUAUAGUCAACUACCAAAAGCCUUCAGAGUUUUUAGGAAUGAGCAACGAAGGACGGUUCCAUUCGCUUGAAGACUCCUCUAUUAUAUCAUCCUUCAGCAUUUGCUUAAUUUAUCUAUCAAUGUCGGGCUUCAGUCACCGAGGCAAUCUAUAAGCUUUAACAUACGUAGGAUUAUCAUCCGGAGGCUCUCCUGAUGUUAAGUGAUACUGCCGCCCAUGGACACUCAAUGCCAAAGGGCUCGCGAGUGCGUUGCCAGCCUUUCAAAUAUUGGUACGCUCUUUUCUUGAAGGACCUAUUUUUAUUUGUAAACGUUAAAUCGAGUUAGGCGAGAUUCAAUAAAUCAGCCCAACAUGUGCCUGCAGUAAUGAAGAGCAAACAGUGGAACAUGUGCUUCUACACUGCCCUAUAUUCGCAUCGUCCAGGCACGACCUGGAGCAACAAAUGCAGAUGACUGUAGACCGUGACGGCCUACAGGACAUGUUAAUAAAGC